CACUGGCCUUCUCCCCGCCCCUCUCGGCUUGGGCAGGUCUCUGCAGCUUUAAGAGGGUCGCGCGGCCUGGAGGGUCCCGCCGACCGUCGCCUCAGUUUGGGCUUGGUUCCUUUGCUUCUGUUUUCUUUCUUCUCCCCCGUGGAGGGUUUGGACCCCUCGAGCUCCUGAGGGAGGCGCUGUGCCCCAGCCCACCCUCCUCUUCGCGCUCCUCCCGAAGGCGGCUGGGGACCCCUCCGGAGCGCCCUGUGAGGUGGCAGCACCCACGCCCACUCCCCUCAGCCUGGGAGCGAGGAAGAGGAGAGCCUCCCCUCCCCCUCCCCUUUGGCGGCGGCCCCCCAAAAUGGCGGCGGCCAAGGAGGAGGGGCCAGGACCGCGCGCCAGAGUGGAGAUGCAAGGCCUGGUCCAAGUGGCAGCAUAAGGCACUUCAGUCUGUGGAGUGUCUUCAGUUUGAAGACAAAACUGAUGCAGUGUUUGGUAACAUAGAAGAACGUGCAAACUUUAUAAACCCUGAGAUGUCUGAGAAGACCGUCCACAACCUCACUCCUGCUUUUGACAGCAUCCCCUACAGAAUGCAGAACCGGACAGGAUCGACCAACUCUUUGCUGGAUGACAGUGAUUAUUUCCUGAACUCAGGGGACCUUGCAGGAAUUCCUGUUGUUGGGAGUGACAAUGAAGAGGAGCAGACUUUUGCUCCAAAGGACGGUCUCUCUUCUGCCCUUCGCUCUGAAGACAGCCGGGGAGAUGGAAGGAGAGUCCGGGAUCAUGUGGUGGACAAUGAAAAAGACACCCCAAUGCAAAACAUGAUCCAGAAGGACCUCUCUCCCCCUUUUGACAAGGGACCUUCUGUGUUUAAGUCCCUUCGGAAAGACUUCAGCAUAGCAAGAGAUGAUAGUAAAGACACUUUUUUGACAAAAGAGAAAAACAGAGAAGGAUCUUUCCAGGAGCGUGACAAACGUUUGGAAAAGAUGCCGAAGGAGCUGGAUUCCAGGUUGAAAAGCAGUUUGCUUGAUAAAUCAGUUGCUAAUCAAGUAGAUGAAACGUUACGGACACAUUUAGCACCACAAACACCGGAAACUAACUUCAGGGAAUCUAGCUACCUAUUUGCUAAUAAAGACUCUGUUGGCCAAGAGCUGGGGAAUUCCUAUGCGCCCAAUAUUAGAAUCAAGGAAGAGCCUUUGGAUAAUGACUAUGAUAAAGCUAUGGCACCUCAGCCAGGGCUGCUGAAUAAAAUUAAGGAUGAACCAGACAGUACUGAGGACUAUGGCCAGCAGCCAAAAACUCAGGAAGGGGAACUGAAAAUCAGUGCUGUGUUUUCUGUCAGUGGCAGCCCUCUUGCUCCACAGCUGACCUCAGGUUUCCCACCUAACACGCCAUCCUCUGGCAUGAACAAACUACUUCCGUCGGUCCCAAGUACGGCCGUUCGGGUUUCCUGUUCGGGAUGCAAGAAGAUCCUGCAGAAGGGACAGACGGCGUAUCAGAGGAAGGGCUCCACUCAGCUCUUCUGCUCCACACUGUGCCUCACGGGAUAUACUGUACCAGCUGCCCGACCACCACCUUUCACCAAGAAAACCUGUUCCAGCUGCUCAAAGGACAUCCUGCACCCAAAAGAUGUGAUUACAGCUCAGUUUGACAAUACAAACUCCAGCAAGGAUUUCUGUAGCCAGUCCUGUCUCUCUGUGUAUGAGCUGAAAAGGAAGCCUGUUGUCACCAUCCAUACGAACAGUAUUUCCACCAAGUGCAGCAUGUGCCAGAAGAAUGCAGUGAUUCGGCACGAAGUGAAUUACCAGAACGUCGUCCACAAGCUCUGCAGCGACGCCUGCUUCUCCAAGUUCCGCUCCGCCAACAACUUGACCAUGAACUGCUGUGAAAACUGUGGCGGCUACUGCUACAGCGCCUCGGGGCAGUGCCACACGCUCCAGAUAGAGGGGCAGUCCAAGAAGUUCUGCAGCUCAGCGUGUGUCACCGCAUACAAGCAGAAGUCUGCAAAAAUCACCCCCUGUGCACUAUGUAAAUCUCUGAGAUCUUCAGCUGAGAUGAUUGAAAGCACAAAUAACGUGGGGAAAACAGAGCUCUUUUGUUCUGUGAAUUGCCUGUCAGCACACAGAGUCAAAAUGGUCACAUCAUCAGGUGUCCAGGUCCAAUGUAAUAGCUGUAAAACCUCAGCCAUCCCCCAGUAUCACCUUGCAAUGUCAGAUGGGAGCAUACGUAAUUUUUGCAGCUAUAGCUGUGUGGUGGCUUUUCAGAAUUUGUUCAACAAGCCCGCAGGAAUGAAUUCCUCCGUGGUCCCCUUGUCGCAGGGACAAGUGAUCGUCAGCAUCCCCUCAGGAGCGACAGUCUCUGCGGCGGGUAAUACUACCUCAACGGUCUCUCCCAGCUCUGUCAGCAGCUCAGCCGCAGCUGGCCUCCAGAGGCUGGCUGCCCAGUCCCAGCAAGUAUCCUGCACCGUCGCCAAGCUCAGGUGUCAACACUGUAACCGCCUCUUUGCAACGAAGCCCGAAGUGCUCGACUACAGGGGCAAAAUGUUCCAGUUUUGCGGCAAGACCUGUUGCGAUUCAUACAAAAAGAUAAACUGUGUCAUGUCAAUGUGUGAAUACUGCAAGAUUGAGAAAAUCAUUAAAGAGACAGUGCGAUUUUCAGGCAUUGAUAAAUCAUUCUGUAGUGAAGGCUGCAAGUUGCUUUACAAGCAUGACUUAGCCAAACGUUGGGGGAAUCACUGUAAAGUGUGCACCUACUGUUUGCAGACGUCUCCGAAGCUGGUGCAGAAUCACUUUGGAGGCAGGGUGGAGGAAUUCUGCUCAGAAGAUUGCAUGUCAAAGUAUACCGUUUUGUUUUAUCAAAUGUCCAAAUGUGAUGGGUGCAAAAGGCAGGGUAAACUCAGUGAGUCCCUGAAGUGGCGGGGUGAAAUCAAGCAUUUUUGCAACUUGCUUUGCAUCUUGAUGUUUUGCAACCAGCAGUGUGCAUCAGACCCACCACCGCCUCCCCCACCACCACCACCGCCUCCCCCACCGCCUCCAAAUAAUGCAGCAAACGUUUCUAUGACACCAACACCUUCAGCAGGGCCCCCUUUAUCUCUCAGGAAGGACUCUACCCCAGUGAUUGCAAACGUGGUGUCGCUUGCCAGCACACCAGCUGCUCAGCCGACAGCCAACUCCAAUAACGUUUUGCAAGGUGCAGUUCCUACUGUAACAGCAAAAAUAAUUGGAGAUGCAAGUACUCAGACAGACGCUUUGAAGCUCCCACCCUCACAGCCACCCCGGCUCCUCAAGAACAAAGCCUUGCUGUGCAAACCCAUAACCCAGACCAAGGCCACUUCUUGCAAGCCUCAUACGCAGCAUAAGGAAUGCCAAACCGAAGAAGAAGAAGAUGUUCCACCCAAAAUCAUUAUGGUGCCUGUUCCCAUACCAGUGUUUGUGCCAGUCCCACUUCAUCUCUUCACCCAGUAUACACCAGUCCCUCUGGGAAUGCCAGUCCCGGUCCCGGUUCCUCUGUUUGUCCCCCCUGCCCCAGAGAGCACCAGCAAAGCCAGAGAAGCCGUUCCAGACGUCAAAAAGAACUCUGCCAAUCCCUUCGAGGCCGAUCUCCUCCAGAUGGCAGAAAUGGUUUCGGAAGAUAAGGACAAAGAACACUCUCAAGGAGGCUCUCAAACAUCUGAGCAUGAGCUGUUCCUGGACCCCAAAAUAUUUGAAAAAGACCAGGGCAGCACAUACAGCGGGGACCUGGAGUCAGAAGCGGUGUCGACCCCCCACAGCUGGGAGGACGAGCUGAAUCACUAUGCGCUGCGCUCCAGUACAGUGCCUGAGCCCGAGCCUGAACCAAAACAGUUCUCCAAAGGCGAGCUGGAGCAGGACCUGGAGGCCGACUUCCCGUCAGAUUCCUUUGACCCAAUCAGCAAAGGGCUAGGUCUUCAUUCGCGUGCACGAGCGAGGCGGAGACAUAGAGACGGUUUUCCGCAACCGAAAAGAAGGGGCAGGAAGAAGUCCAUCAUUUCUGUGGAACCCCGGAUCCUGGUGCAGAGCUCAUACCCAGGCUGUUCUGUUUCUGGGAUGAGUCUCAAAUACAUGUAUGGGGUGAAUGCCUGGAAAAACUGGGCCCAGUGGAAAAACACACAGGAAGACCAAGGAGACUUGAAAUUUGGAGUUCGGUCUGUGAAGCUCAAAGAGGACAUCCUCUCGUGCUCCUUUUCGGAGCUGAGUUUCGGCUUGUGCCAAUUCAUCCAGGAGGUGCGGCGACCCAACGGUGAAAAGUAUGACCCCGACAGCAUCUUAUACCUGUGCCUUGGAAUUCAGCAGUACUUAUUUGAGAACGGUAGAAUAGAUAACAUUUUUACUGAGCCCUACUCCAGGUUUAUGAUUGAACUUACGAAACUGUUGAAAAUCUGGGAGCCUACAAUACUUCCAAACGGUUACAUGUUUUCAAGAAUCGAAGAGGAGCACUUAUGGGAGUGUAAGCAGCUGGGUGCCUAUUCCCCCAUUGUGCUCUUGAAUACGCUGCUUUUUUUCAACACCAAAUACUUCCAGCUCAAGAAUGUCAGUGAGCACAUGAAGCUGUCCUUUGCCCAUGUCAUGAGGCGCACCCGGACUCUGAAAUACAACACCAAGUUGACUUAUUUACGCUUCUUCCCGCCUUUCCCAAAGCAGGAGGUAGAACCAGAUAAAUUAGUGGGCAAAAGAAAGCGUCAUGAGGGCGAAGAAGCUGUAGAGAUGGUUGAGAACACUGACAAUCCCUUGAGGUGCCCAGUUCGGCUCUAUGAAUUCUACUUGUCAAAGUGUUCGGAGAGCGUGAAGCAGAGGAGCGACGUCUUUUACCUCCAGCCGGAACGUUCGUGCGUCCCCAAUAGCCCCAUGUGGUAUUCCACUCUGCCAAUCGAUCCCGGGACUUUGGACAUCAUGUUAACGCGGAUCCUCAUGGUAAGGGAAGUGCACGAAGAACUUGCCAAAGUUAAACCGGAGGACUCGGAUCCGGAGCUUUCGGACUAAGCUUGGGCGAAGGGGAGGUCCUCUCUUCUGUUGGUUUGUUUGUUUUGGGUUUUGUUCUCUUCCCUCUCCAUGACACCUUGCAAAAAGCACCCAACUGAAUGCACCCAGACUUCAGAAAACCACUCAUGUCACAACUCCCCCCGGAAGGCACAGCGGACGCUGCAGCAGGUUGCGAAACUCGAGGGACGGAAAGCGGCAGAAGAUGCAGGAGCACCGGAGGGCUUUCGGUGGCUUCGCUUAAGAUGAACUGGAGACCCGUCUCUCCCCCACCCCCAAGUGGUGCUUGUAGUGGAAUAAAAAACAAUUAUGGAUUUGUUUUUCUUAAAAAGGAAAGCAGUGGUGUAUAUCCUUCCCUCCUAACCAUGGAAGCAAAGGAAGCUAGAUGAAGACCCCUGGGUGAUUUUGCCAUGUAGCUGCUACCCACGGAUCCAUGGGGUCGCCUAACACUCGCUGUAGGACGCAAAGCAGAAGGUAGACGGAAGCCCAUGGACAUGCCAUCUGUAACAUACACACCAGAUCCCUCCCUCGCCCUACACCCCCUUUUAUAAUUUUUGUUUUUUUAGGGAAAACUUGGGUUGUUCAAAAGGCUGACUCAGCCACAAGCUGAAGCAAAGAGGGGGAGACUUGGUGGACUGCUGUGACACGUUCUUGCUUUUGAAAACACUGGCAGCAGGAGCAAGCCAAGUUUAGCCAGGCCACCUCCACAAUGGUUUGAUGAGGAAACAGCUCAUUUCUGAAUGAACUCACACACACAUACACAACCACCCCAUGCAGACGAACAGGGUUUGGUACUUGGUUCUCUCCCCACCCCCAAACCACUUGACUGCUUUCAUAACAGCAAGAUGUUCAGAAGUGGUUCCUGAGAAAUUGUGCCCCCUCCCUCCCCGAUUUUUUCUUCAGCCGGCCUAGGCAGCGACUUUUCCUCCACCACCCAUCAGUAAUUUUACAAAUUCAGGAGAGUUGGGACUUCGGAGGCCUUGCAAAUUUUUUGUUGUUGCAUUAUCCCAUUUGUUCUUUUAAACAAGGCGUCAUAAUCCUUGGUUAGCAUGACUUGUGUCCUUUCACUUCCACUCAAAACGGCAUAGAAAUAAGAUUCCAAAUUUGAAAGAGAAUAUGGGUGGCUUGGCUUUGUCUCCCUCUUCCUCUGGGUAGAAAUCCCCUUUAUCAAAAUGCAGGGUGCUUAGGCUUAGCCAAGUCCAUUUCACCAUGUUCUUCAGGCUGAAGACUUUUUCUCAGUCUCGAAGAUCCCUUUGAAAAUUGAAACUAUUUUUUAAAAAAUGGGGGGGGGGGAGAAAUUGUAUGUUUUUAUUAGCAGUUUUGUCCAUUCACCAAAUUUCUAAAAGAGUUCUUUAAAAAAAGCAAAAAGAAACACCCUGUUGGUCUCUCCAGCAUUGAACAAAGCCUUUUGUGUAUGUAUGUGUGCGUGUGUGUGUGUGUGUGUUUGGGGUAUUCUUUUUAACAGUAACAAAGGUUAACAAUAAAAUCAGAAAGUAGUCU